GAGAGAGAGAGAGAGAGAGAGAGAGAGAGAGAGAGCAACACGCUGUCAGAGAACUCUGUGCCCAAACCCUGCCCUAUCGCGGGUUGUAUAGGUAUAUAUGUAGCAUGUUAUCUCUGUGCUGCAGGCGUGUAAGUGCGCAAGUCUGCGCGUGUACAGUACAUACGAUGCGCUCCCAUCCCGGUACCGAUACGGCUGUAUGGCGAUGGAGCCCUUCGGAAUCACGUAUCCGCGGGGUCGAAGGACCGCUCCGCUGGAACGGCAGGCCAAUAAGGGGUGGUGGUGGCGGCGGCGGUCGAGUUCGUCGUCGUCGUCUCGCCUCGUUCCUCAAAGGCCGUUUCUGGGUGCGCCCCGACCCCCGGGCGAUGUAUGAAAGUCAGAUCCUGCAAUGCAUCUAUCUAGCAACGACAAGACGGAGAGGAGGGAGGAGGAGGGAAGAGGAAAAAAACGCCCCGAUCUCAUUUCGUUCAAGGACCAGGCCUCGAGAUGAUCUGCUGUGUGGGUGGGCUGUGGCCUGUUUGCUUUCAUCACCGCUCCUCUCACCGGAGUUUACUGCGCCAAUGGGACAUGUCGAAUUCCGUCCCUCGCUGGGUCGCCGGGGGACUGGGGGGAGAGGGUGGGAGGGAGACGUCGUCGAAGAGACCCUUUACCUGAUAAGCAGCGCAGAGGAACGUCCCCCCCCCCCUCUCCCCCCGGCCACCAGGGAUCGUCGGGACCAAGCCACAGCGUAGCGUAGCAUUCUGCUUUCCCGAGCGGCGCAUUGGGAGAGCUUCAUCGCGGUUUAGGCUAG